UGUUACUAGACCGUCGUGUGUGUGAGUGAGUGAGUGGGCGUGCGUGCGCGUGUGUGUGUGUGUGCGCGUGUGUAAGGCAGAUAUAACGCUCCAGUCCGAGGAGAGGGCUGUGUAAGCAAGAAGAGAUCCUGGGAAGGGCGACCACCUCCUGAUACUCCGUCCCCACAAAAGGUUUCAUCCAGCUGCUCGCCAUGUCUGUUCCAGGUUACCCAGGCUCUCACAGCAACACACCCUACCCCAUGCCUCAGCCCGGCGGCUACUCCGGAGCCCCUUAUCCAGUUCCUCCGGGCACGUACGGAGACCCCAGUCAAGUCCCUCCAGUGGGCUUCAACAUGGGGUACAACCAAGGCCCAGCUCCUGUCAUGUAUCAGCCUGGUGCCGUCGGCCCGGGCCCAGUUCCAGGACUGGAGUAUGGCGCCCCUCAUGGAGGGAUCUCGCAGGCUCCGGUUGGGGAACCGGCUGCAGUUCCUGUUGGGGUCCCACCGGGGCUCGAGUACCUCACCCAGAUUGACCAGGUCCUGAUCCAUCAAAAAGUGGAACUCCUCGAGGCAUUCAUCGGGUUUGAGACCAACAACCAGUACGAGAUAAAGAACAGCCUGGGCCAGAAGAUCUACAAGGCCAAGGAGAAGAACGACUGCUGCACCCGGAACUGCUGCGGCUCGCUGCGCAGCUUCGACAUGAAGAUCAAGGACACCACGGACCGGGAGGUCAUCCGCCUCAUACGGCCUCUACGCUGCGUCUCCUGCUGGUGUCCCUGCUGCCUGCAAGAGAUGGAGGUCCAGUCGCCGCCGGGCACCACCAUAGGCUACGUCAAACCAGGACUGCACCCUUUCCUGCCGAAUUUUUCCAUCCAGGGAGCCAACAGGAGACCAUAAUGAAACUGGAGGGGCCAGUGCUUUGCCUGCAACUGCUGCGGAGACGUCAACUUUGAGCUGAAGGGCAAAGACAGUGACACGCCCAUCGGACGCAUCAGCAAGCAGUGGAGCGGCCUUUUGAAGGAAGUCUUCACAGACACGGACAACUUUGGCAUCCAGUUCCCGCUGGACUUGGACGUGAAGAUGAAAGCUGUGCUCAUGGGAGCCUGCUUCCUCAUAGAUUUCAUGUUCUUCGAGAAGGUCGGGGAGGCCAACCAGCGCAGCACGGUGUUCUCAUAACGGAGAACCAAGAGGAGGCGAAAACAACCGCAUGAGAUCAAGUGCCAGUUAUGCAUUCAAUGUUCAUGUAUCUUUUUUUUUUUUUUCAACCCUUAACCAGAUUACAGCCAAAAGGGUGAUGAUCCUUUACCCAGGAUCAUUACAAACACAAACCAAAUUGACCUCAUGACCUCUUGAUUCCAGAUGCCUGCCAUGGGUGGUUUUUAAACCACGUUGCCAAUGCUGCCUUACUCCAUACAGUCUGUAGUUUCAGAGAAUGUCAACUAUCGUCCCUCAAUUGUCUUUUUUAGGACCCACACAUAGUGAAAUAAGAGUGAAUAAAAACAAGACUGUUUUACACGAGCAAUAAUAUUUCAGAUUUAUGAUGUAAGUUUGUCUAAUAAUAUCGCAUUCUUCUUUUAUGAAGAAACCACAACAUGCCUUGUGUAACUAACACCGUUGUGAACGUAGAGGCUGUAUGUAUUGCCGGUGGUAGACAGAUACUUACUUAUACUGUGUCUAGUGCUAAUUAAUAUUAAUACAAGCUAAACUAAGAUCGCUUGCAUGGUAAAACAUUCUACCUGCUGAACAUCUACAUGUCAGCAUUUAGCUCAACGCAUUACAAACUGCCUCACCGAGCUGCUAGCGUGGCUGUAGGCUUUGACUCUUAUAAAUGAACAAAAGCUUUAUAUACAACCAUUAUAUAAAUCAGCCGCAGUAAACCGACUGUCAUUAUUUAGCGCUCAUAGGGAAGUGAUGGUUUUGUUGGUGUUUCCCAAAGUGAUCUUUCUCUACCGCUCUAUUCCUCGAGACAUGUAUAUGAUGCAGGCUACAGUACACAUGCUCUCAUGCUCACCCUGUGGUCUAGUGGUUACCAUGGAGACUGAGAUCACUGCCAAACCUGGCCCGCCAGAUGCCUUUAACACGCGCCAGUGUAAUGCUAUGGGAGAGAGAUUGUGUAAAAGAGGACUGAAAAGAAAAGGAAAAAGCAGAAGUUGAUGUUAGUCAACAUCAGUUCGUUGCGGGUAAAAGGAAACGCGUUGAAUUUCUGACCCAGGAAAAGACCUGAAUGUGAACUUGUGAAAUGUGAUCUGUGUUUAGUUGGUGUGCUUUCGAAUG